AGUGGCUAUUUAGCACUUAAUAGUCCCUUCAGGCAGUUCCUUGGUAUUCAUUCAGAUCUUAGUCCAGCUCACUGCUCUGCUCUCAGGUGAUCAUCACAAGACUGUUGGCUUAAUCCUCCUCCUCUCUACAAAAGCAAGAACAGAAAUCAGAGGCUUUCUUAAUGUGCAUGUAACCAACUGGAACACAACAUGAUUUGGCUUUAAGUGUUGUUUCCACCGAUGUUAAAACUAUCAGUGAAUCUAAUUUAAAGAUACACAACUGGGGACCGUAGCAGACUGAGAUUCCACACUCUUCUGGGGGAACUAAUUGACCGUAUUACUGCUGAAAGUUGAUGUACAAACUGAUUUGUCACCACUGACUGGAGGAAACAAACAGGUGAAAUAUGAUGAAUGCACUGGGUCUUGCCCUUCUUUGUUUAUUCCUCUCGCCUGAGCUUGCAGAGGCUCAGUUUCCCCGAGUGUGCUGCACAGUGGAGGGGAUCCUGUCCAAGCAGUGCUGCCCUGCUCUGGGCUCAGAUCCUGCCAAUGUGUGUGGCUCUCUGUCGGGGAGAGGAAGCUGCUUGGCUAUUCGAGUUGACAACAAACCCUGGGGAGGACCGUACAGACUGAGAAAUGUUGAUGACAGAGAAAGGUGGCCGACCAAAUUCUUCAAUCAGACUUGCAGAUGUACUGGUAACUUUGCAGGGCAUGACUGUGGUCAGUGUAAAUUUGGCUGGACCGGACCAAACUGUGACCAGAGGAAAGCUCCUGUGGUACGGAAGAACAUCCACUCCCUGACCCCUGAAGAGCUCCAGGAGUUCCUUGAUGUUCUGGAACUGGCGAAGACCACCACCCACCCAGACUAUGUCAUUGCUACACAGCACUGGCUGGGGCUCCUGGGACCGAAUGGAACUGAGCCCCAGAUUGCCAACAUCUCAAUCUACGACUUCUUUGUCUGGCAACAUUAUUACUCUGUCCGAGACACACUUCUUGGUCCCGGUCGUCCAUUCAAAGCCAUUGAUUUCUCACACAAAGGACCAGCAUUCAUUACCUGGCACAGGUAUCACCUCCUCAGCUUGGAAAGAGAGCUACAGAGAUUGACUGGCAAUGAGAACUUUGGGAUCCCUUACUGGAACUUUGCCACAGGGCAGAGUGAGUGUGAUGUGUGUACCGACUCCCUGCUGGGAGGCCGAAACCCAGACAACCCAUCCCUCAUCAGUAACCAGUCCAGAUUCUCCAGAUGGGGGGUGGUAUGUAACAGUCUGGAUGACUACAAUCGCUUGGUGACUCUUUGUAACGGCACUAAUGAGGGCUCCAUUCAGAGAGGGAUAAUGGAGAGAGGUAACAGGUCUCUGCCCACCAUGAAUGACGUCAGAAGCUGCCUUGGGAUCAGAGACUUUGACAGCCCUCCAUACUUCACCAACUCCUCCUUCAGUUUUAGAAAUGCUCUUGAAGGGUAUGAAAAGCCAGAUGGAGAACUUGAUGAAUCAGUCAAUAACCUCCACAACCUCGUCCACUCCAUGCUCAAUGGAACCAGCUCUUUGUCUCAUGCGGCAGCCAACGACCCCAUCUUUCUGGUGCUCCACACUUUCACUGAUGCCAUUUUUGACGAGUGGAUGAAAAGAUUUUCUCCAUCCAACGCCACCUACCCAGAUGAGAUGGCCCCCAUUGGUCACAACAGAGACUACAACAUGGUUCCCUUUUUCCCUCCGAUCACUAACGAGGAGAUAUAUGUUGCAUCUGAGCAGCUGGGAUAUUCCUAUGCUGCUGCCCUGGAUGACGCAGAUGGAGGUCCGGCUGUGUUUGUGCUGGGAUCCACUCUGGGGGGAGUCUUCAUUGGUCUCCUGGUGGUUCUCCUUAUCUUUGUGCUCUACCUGCGUCAGCGGAGAAACAGAGGCUUUGAACCUCUGAUAAAAGCAGACUUCACAAAUAGAAAGUACACGGAGGAAGCGUAGCUUCACCUGUUGUUCUGAAUGCACUAAUAUAUACCUAAGAGAGCCAAUCUGGGGCCCUACUGUGAAGCAAGAGAAAAAUAUUAAUCCUCUAAGCUAACUAGACUUUUACUUUUCACUUAAAUCUAAAGUCAUAGAAGACAAGAAUGAUUGAGAAUCCUAUAGUAUCCUUUGGAAAAUAUUAAUUGUAACUUAAUACAACAUUUCAAGUGAGACCAGUCAAAAUGAAUAUAUACUUUAACUGGUUUAGUAACAUUCUCCUUUGUUUGACCCCACUCAUUAUUAUACAUAUUUUAUAAUUUCUAAGAGUCACCACAAAUACAAAUCUAUUGGAAUGUUUUAAUAAAUAUUUAUUCUCAAGAACCGUAACAAAACACAAAUGCAAUCAUCUUAAUUGCACUGAAAAACAAUAAGGCAUAUUCACUCUACUAGUUCUUCACCUCUCCUAGAUUCAAAUUUUACUUCAUACAGCAAUGCAUUGAUUGUAAAAAAUGUUGACUUUAUAGUGUUUCCAGCUAAUUCUAUUUUUCAGAUAAUUUGUCUGACCACACAUCCAUUUUCAAUAUUUUAUUGCAAAAAUAUUACCAUUAAAAGUUAAAUGUUACAAAACAUAAAAAGGGCAUCCUGUAAGAUCAAUGUUCAUAAUAAAGAAUCCUUUUAAUUGA